CGAUAAUGUUGAGCCGGGGAGCCCUACAGUUUCGCUCCUUCUCUAUCCGAGCAGUCAUCGCAUUGCUUGAGUGUCGCGGAAUAAUCGAGCUUCGAGUUGCGAGACACCUAGCUCCCUGCUCCCCGCAAUGACACAAGCUCCGGUUCUGACAGAGGCCUCAGAAACCUCACCGCUACUGCCGAAACCGAACCCACCGCGACUACAUUCCUCACAGCAUCCCAUUGACCCCAGUAAUGGGCUCGUACCGGAAGGAGCAGACCCGUACAACUCAAGUUCAGACGAAAGUUCGGACGAAAACGAUGGGGGCGACAUCGAACGACAGACCGGCAAUGGGGAUGCAUCGAAGCACAAGGGACUCCCGGAGGUUAAGAAACGGAUGAAGUAUAUAUUUCCUGCGAUAGCCAUAGGUGUCUUCCUCGCAGCCGCCGACCAAACGCUCGUAGUAUCCACCUAUGGCACCAUAGGCACAGAUCUCAAAGCUCUAAACAAUACCUCCUGGAUUGCAACUGCCUAUUUCCUCACCCUUUCUGCCUUCCAGCCUGUCUACGGUAAACUUAGCGACAUCUUCGGCCGCAAGCAAUGCCUCCUGUUCGCAUACACUAUCUUCGGCAUCGGCUCCCUCUGCUGCGGUCUGGCCCGCAACAUGGGCGAACUCAUUGCUGCUCGCGCAUUCGCCGGAAUAGGAGGCGGAGGCAUGACGACCGUUGUCAGCAUACUUUUAUCUGACGUGGUGUCGUUGAGAGAACGAGGAACAUGGCAGGGCUAUAUAAACAUAAUAUACGCCUCUGGAUCUGCGGCGGGAGCCCCCUUAGGCGGGUUGCUAGCAGAUAGCAUUGGUUGGCGUUGGGCAUUCAUUGCCCAGGGCCCACUCUGUGUUCUUGCUUUUAUCGCAGUCGCAGCUAUCCUGCAUCUUCCAAAACAGGACCAUUCGCAUUGGAAAGAGAAGAUCCUAAAAGUUGAUUUCCUAGGCGCGUUGAUCCUUAUUACCGCAGUUUUCGGGCUCCUGGUUGGUUUGGACAGGGGCUCCAACGUUUCCUGGAGCAAUCCAAUUACCAUCGCAGGACUCUGCACCUGUCCAUUGUUCAUCGUGUUCGUUCUGGUCGAGAAAUACGUUGCUACCAAUCCCUUUGCGCCGGGUCGGAUCAUUUUAAACAGAACUCUGUUCGCCUGCUAUCUGUGCAAUUUCUUUUCCUUUGGCGGAUGGCUAGCCUCCCUAUUCUUCAUCCCAUUAUAUUGGCAGGUUGCUGAAGGUUACAACGCAUCUCGAGCUGGACUCUUACUCGUUCCUUGCAUCAUCUCUGGUGUCUCCGGUUCCUUGGCUGGUGGGAUCUAUAUGCAAAAGAAGGGGAAGUACUAUUGGAUUACCGGCAUUGCGUAUUCGAACCUAGUCGUCGGGCUCGCUAUCAUUCUGAUGUUCGCGGGAUUGGUCAAGCAGAAUACUGCGGCGAUGGUCGUGGGGACCUGCAUUUGUGGGUUCAGUAAUGGGUUAGGGGUUACCACUACGUUGAUUGGGCUUAUCGCAAAUGCCUCCCACACUGACCAAGCUGUAGCAACUGCCUGCUCCUAUCUCUUCCGCUCCUUGGGCUCAGUCUUCGGGAUCUCCAUGUGCGCCACCGCAUUCAACCAGACACUUCGUGGGUCCCUAAAGUCCGCGCUUAAUGGCGAUAAAGAUGCCGAAGAAAUUGCCGAGCGAGUGAGGGAAUCACUCUCGUAUCUUAGAGGCUUAGAACCUGGGCUGAGAGAAAUCGUGAAGGAAUGCUAUGGGAAGAGUGCGAGAGCUGCGUUGAGUGUGAGCAUUGGAAUGGUCUUUGGGAGUGCGUUCUUUGCGUGGUUCAUCAGAGAGAAGAGGCUGUGAGAAUAGAGCGAAUGUAUAGGUAUAUAGAGAUUCAACAUCUUGGAUCAGAGAGUAUGUUCUCCCACUACAAUCAGUGUAAUAUGCGUUGUGGCGCUGUCAUUAUUCAAUCCGUAUGCUGCCU